AGAAAAUAUCUCAGAUAUUCAAACUCUGAUGAUGAAAAUAACUGCCAUUCCCAGGAAUUCCCUUAUGUGGCUGCACUUGGACAGAAGUUAUCAUACUCCUUUUGCUCUCUUCAUGGAGCUAUUAUAAGACCCACUGAGGUAGUGGUGGUUUUGGAAGAACCAUAUGGCAAUUGUAGUAGCAUCUUCUAAUCUCUUACACUUCCUCCCUGCCUCAUCCGACCCUCCGUAUGAACAACUCCAGAUUCAUCCAUCUCUUGCCCUCCUCUCCAAAUGUAAAAGUAUAAGAAACUUUAAGCAAAUCCAUUCGCAAUUCAUCAAAUUCGGCCUCCACAACACCCAGUUUGCACUGAGUAAACUCAUCGAGUUUUGUGCUGUUAGCCCUUAUGGUAAUCUUUCUUAUGCAAUGUCGAUUUUCAACUCCAUUCAUGAUCCUAAUCACGUCAUAUACAAUAUGAUGAUUCGUGGAUCUUCUCUGAGCUCUUCUCCGCGUUUAGCGCUGGAUUAUUAUAUAAACAUGUUGAUCUUUGGUCUUCAACCAAAUUCUUACACUUUUCCUUUUCUCUUUAAAUCCUGUACAAAGCUCCUGACAGCACAUACAGGGAAACAAAUUCAUGGUCAGGUAUUUAAGUUUGGGCUUGAAGAUGAUGCAUAUGUACAUACUUCGCUUAUUAACAUGUAUGCUCAGCAUGGGAAUUUAGAUGAUGCCAGAAAGGUGUUUGACAAGAGUACUUUUAGAGAUCCAGUGUCUUUUACUGCAUUAAUCACAGGGUACAUCUCGAGAGGCUAUGUCGAUAAAGCACGUGAGUUGUUCGAUGCUAUUCCCCUUAGAGAUGUUGUGUCAUGGAAUGCCAUGAUAUCAGGAUAUGCUCAAAUUGGUCGGUCUGUUGAUGCAUUGAGUUUGUUUCAGGAAAUGAGGAAAGCUAAAGUUUCACCUGACCUCAGCACCUUGUUAAGCGUUCUUUCUGCAUGUGCUCGUUUGGGGGCAAUUGAAACUGGAACUUGGGUUCGAUCUUGGAUUGAAGAGCAUGGGCAUGGUUCAAAUCUUCGGCUUGUUAAUGCAAUGAUUGAUAUGUAUGCAAAGUGUGGCGAUCUUAACAUGGCAAGGAGUUUGUUUAAUAGCAUACAAGAAAAAGAUCUUGUCUCAUGGAAUGUUAUGAUUGGUGGUUAUGCACAUAUGAACGAGUAUAAAGAUGCCCUCGAAAUUUUUCGGCUGAUGCAGCUAAAUGAUGUAGAGCCUAACGAUGUAACUUUCUUAAAUGUUAUUCCAGCAUGUGCGCAUUUGGGCGCCCUUGAUCUUGGUAAAUGGAUGCAUAAGUACAUUGAAAAGCAUUAUCAGGACUUCCCCAAUGAGAUGCUUUGGACAAGUCUCAUUAAUAUGUAUGCCAAAUGUGGAAAUAUUGAAGCUGCCAAACAGAUCUUUUACAGUUUGCAAACUAAAAGUUUAGGUUCCUGGAAUGUCAUGAUAUCAGGGUUGGCCAUGCAUGGAGAUGCAUAUAGAGCUAUUGAGCUUUUUUCAGAAAUGACUAAAGAAGGAUUCCAACCGGAUGAUAUUACAUUCGUCGGUGUUUUAUCAGCUUGUUGCCACGCAGGUUUGGUGGAUCUUGGGCGCGAAUGUUUUAAUUCUAUGAUCCAGGAUUUUAACAUUUCCCCACAGUUGCAGCACUAUGGAUGCAUGGUCGAUCUUUUAGCAAGAUCAGGAUUGUUUGACGAAGCAGUGGCAUUGGUCGAAAGAAUGGGGAUAGAACCGGACGGAGCUAUAUGGGGUUCCAUUCUUGGGGCUUGUAGAAUUCACAAAAAUCUUGAGUUGGGAGAAUAUGCUGCAAGGAAACUGUUUGAACUGGAACCAGAUAAUCCCGGUGCUUACGUGCUCUUGUCAAACAUAUAUGCAGGAGCAGGCAAAUGGGAUGAGGUUGCAAGAAUAAGAACCCUUCUAAACGACAAGGGAAUGAAGAAAGUCCCCGGUUCCACCUCCAUCGAAGUGGACAGCAUUGUACAUGAGUUUCUUGUCAGUGACCGGACACAUCCAAAGAGCAAUGAAAUAUAUAAGAUGCUGGAAGAAGUUGACAGGCUUCUGGAAAUGGCUGGACAUGUACCGGAUACAUCCGAGGUGUACUAUGAUGUGGAUGAAGAGUGGAAAGAAGGCGUCCUGUGUCAGCACAGCGAGAAGUUGGCAAUUGCUUUCGGUUUAAUCAGCACACAGCCAGGAACAACCUUAAGGAUUGUUAAAAAUCUUCGAGUUUGUGGGAACUGCCACUCUGCUACGAAGAUAAUAUCAAAGAUAUUCAAGAGGGAGAUCAUUGCCAGAGAUCGCAGCCGUUUUCACCAUUUUAAGGAUGGUCAUUGUUCUUGCAUGGACUAUUGGUGAAAGGUUGUAGAUGAGAAAGCAACAUAGUCGCAAUGUUGCAGUACCUAUUAACCAUUUUGGAGGAAUAUUUUCAAUUUAAACUCUCUUUUGUAAUUAAUUAUUUUUUACAGGAUAAAUUACAAUAAUUUUUCUUGA